UUUGUGGUCAGGACACUAGCCAAUUUAUGAUCAUUCAAUCCAUCCAACAACAUUGAAGCUUACGAGACCAACCCCGAUAAUUCAAUCACACAGUAAGUUUGCUCAUCGCGGGUGUAUAGCUGUAGGUACUGCAAGGUCUUUUUCUUGUGCAUUUGCUGUGCGUAUUUAAAUUUACCGCUUGCCAAAAUAUUGCAGCAUUUUAGCGAUUCUGAAGAGUAAUAUAGGUGCGCCAGAAUUGUAAAUACAAUUGUUUACGUUUCAGUUUUAUUCAUGCUUAUUCAGAUCGAUGAGGAAUGAGAAGUGGGUUGUGCUAAUUCGAAAUUGAAAUGAAAUGACUUACGAACGAAAAAAGCGAAGUCUUCUUCUGCAAAGAUUCAUAACUGUGUAAUUCUUGUCAUGUCUGGAGACCAGAACUGCUGAAGCCCGGAUCAAACGCCAGAACCAGGAUGGAGAUGAGAUCCCCGGGUUGACCCGGGCGCUGCGGCAUGAGCUCAGAGCGUGGUGACGUCACCUUCUCUCGGCUAGCGAGUUACUCCUCGGCGAUGCCAGUCUCCUCUCGACUCUCCCUCUCCGGCUUCUCUCCCUCAUCCAGCUACGGCUCGCGCGGCGCCGGCUACCGCGCCUCCAGUCUGGAGCGCGCCGGCUACAGCCCCCUCUCCAGCAAGUUCAGUUCACGACUGUCAGGCUCUUCUUCGUCUGGGUCGUCCUCCCGCCGGCCGCCGCUGCCCACCGGCGACUCUCGCCGACGUCAUGAGCCGGCCACAACUCGAGCUUCUCCAGCGCGUCUUCUCGGACGGCGGGACGGCAGCACCGAGCCGUCAGACGCACUGACCGAGGCUCGCCGCUAUCUACAGGAGCGCCGCGAGCGGCUGACGCGCAGCGAGAGUCGCGAGCCGGGCGGCUCCUCUCUGCGCUCACUGCUCGCCUCCGAGGGCACGGGCCGACUGCUAGAUCGGAUCGACUCAAACAGCUCCACAAACGGCACUGAGACACGCCGCUGGCGGACGUCAGAGUCGCAGUCCCGUGAGAGGAUCGUUCCCAUCACACUCGAGCGGGACCGCGCCGAGCCGACCCGCACAGUCGGGGAGCUUCGACGGCAGUUCGACGCGGCACGCAUCGCCGACGCGGCUGCCGACGAGUCAGCUACGUCUUCAGCGGCGGCAGCGGCGUCGACGGCGGGGAAGGAGGCGAGCGACCGCGUGGUGGGCGGCAGGACGGCCGACUCGCCGGCGGUCUCCGUGGUCAGCGGGGCGACGGGACGACAGCGGCCGGCGCCCUCCAGCGACAAGGAGCCUAUUUCUCCGAGUCACCGCCGGUCGGCGCUGCUGUCGGAUGCGUCGGUCUCGUCCACGGCCGCCGGCUCCUCCAGCCGGAGGUCGCGGCUGGACAGCUCUGGAGAGACGGGCGGGGGCGGGGGCGGCGGACGGUCAGCCGCCCGGCCGCUCGGCCUCACCGGACUGAGGAACAUCGGAAACACCUGUUUCAUGAACUCGGUGCUGCAGUGUCUGAGUAACACCAGGGCGCUGCACGACUACAUUCUGCGGGAGGAGUACACCGCGGACAUCAACACCACAACGUCCGCCAUGAAGGGGGCGCUCAUCAAAGCUUUCGGCGCGCUGAUGUGUGACCUCUGGAAGCGUUCCGACGAACCGGACCGAGUCCUAACCACGGCACCGUUCAAAUCACAAAUCCAGCGCUUUGCACCGCGAUUUAUGGGAUAUCAGCAGCAGGACGCCCAGGAAUUCCUCCGCUAUCUGCUGGAGGGACUUCACGAGGACGUGAACCGGGUGACGAGCCGGCCCAAGCCGAUCACCACCGACAUCGACGACUCGCUGAGCGCCAGCCAAAAGUCCAUGGAGGCCUGGAAGCGCUUUCUGCGCCUGGAAAACUCCAAGUUUGUCGACCUGUUUGUGGGCCAGCUCAAGUCUACCCUGCGGUGCACAGUGUGUGGCCACGCGUCUGUCACCUUUGACCCGUUCUGGGACCUGAGCCUGCCGAUCCCGUCUCGAAGCGGCCAGGUGCGCCUGCAGGCCUGUUUCGACCUGUUCACCAAAGAGGAGGUGCUCGAUGGCGACGAAAAACCGACGUGCUCAAAGUGCCAGAAGCGCCAAAAGUGCACCAAGAGCUUCUCGAUCCAGAAGUUCCCGCGCAUCCUCGUGGUGCACUUGAAGCGGUUCUCACCGCAGGAGAGGUUCCGCGGGAAGCUGAACACCACUGUCGACUUUUCGGUGAACGGCCUGGACCUGUCGCCCUACUCGGCCGGACAGACGCCUUGCCGGUACAACCUGUACGGCGUGGCGAACCACUCUGGCACGCUGUUUUCGGGACAUUACACGGCCUACUGCCGCCACCCGUACACGGCCGAGUGGUACGAGUACAACGACUCGCGGGUCCAUGUGAUGAACCAGAGAAACGUCAACAGCGGCGAGGCGUACGUGCUGUUCUUUGAGCUGGCCGGCUCGACCCACGUCUAGUCGUCUGGUCUCGGGAGAGGAGCCCCCGCUCGUCACCCGCUCGGGUCCUGUCUAGUCACGCUGACCGGCGCACAGUCCGCCGAUUUAUUUUUACACGCUGAAAAUCGACUGAGUUCGGCGAAAUGCGCGGCGUCUUGUGCCGAGUCUGUGAUUGGUGGACGCGAUCUGCUGGCGAGCCGUGAUUGGCCGCCGCGGCUCGGCGGUGAGUCGUGAUUGGCUGGCGGAGAAAGGGUCGGAGAGUCACGUGACCGGCUGCUGCGAGCGGGUCACGGAUCGGUGCAAUGGGAUUGGUUGUUACUGUCGCGAGCUGAGGUCUGAUUGGUCGCCUCUGGUGCCUGAGGCCGCCUUAUUGGUCGCCGCUGAUGCGCGCUAGUGCCUGAUUGGCGGAUGCCGAUGCAAGCUGGCGCCUGAUUGGUGGAGCGCUGUUUGAGAAGGAUGACGGCCAUGCACGUCACUGUUACGAAUCCGCCGGGUUUUGGGGAUUGCUGGCGAAACGAAGCUAGAAGUGCGCCUGUCUACCUGCCCUGCGCCGGCGGGGAGAAAUCUGCGUCAGUUUUACGGUCGCGUUGUUGAAAUUUGGCGCGUGCGGGUCAGACCGCCGACCGGACGGUCAAGCCGGGCCGUUCAAAUCUCUAGUCCCGUUGUUGAUGGCUUUGUUAGCGAUCCCCAUAAUAUUGUGCCCGCGCUCGCUAUGUGACAGUGAAAUAAUACAAGUGAACGGUAA